UGAUCCCCGGCAACGGCGAUUUUUCAGUUUCAUUUUUUUUUAAUUUAGGAAGUCGAGGGAAACAAUGGAUUUUGAUAAUUCAAAUACCGCCAUUUUAUGCCAUCUCUUUCUCUAUCUUGAAAAUCCUCGUUACUACCUUAUUCUUUCUUUCGGGAAAUCUCUCUUUUCACUAAUUUUUUUUAAUGCCGAAAACCAAAGAAGGAGAAGCAGUACCGAAAUCUGACAAUCUGGAGAUCGUCGCCAUCGGAUCUCUGUACAAAGGCCCUUGGGAGAAGAAGUAUUGGAGCUCCUCUAGGGGUAAAGAUAGAUAUCCUUAUCCUGUUGGAUAUCAAGCUGUUAGGGCUCACAAUGGAAGCACUUAUAAGGCAGAAAUUCAUGAAGGUACUAAAGGGCCUUUGUUUGUGAUCACUUGUGAAGGACAAUCGUGUUCUGGACAAACUCCAGACAUUGCAUGGGAGAAAUUUCAGAAGAUGGGUUGCUCACAUUUGAAGAUAUGGCAUGGAAAGAGAUUCUCAUGCAAGAUAGACGGUGUGGAGUUUUUUGGAUUAAAAAAUCCAUUUGUUCAAAGGUUGCUGCGGGAAUUGGUGGCAAAUGUCAAUGGAACAGCAGAAAGGAGUUUGUUAUCUUCCAGCUCCAGCAAUGGAGCUUCUAGAACGGAAAAUGAAAAUGGGAGCUCAACCAUCUUUACUGCUCCUGAUUUACUACCAUACAUGACUAGGCCACAGAUCAGAAAAAAGAGAAGUACAAGGUGUGAAAUAAUGCAAAGCAAGUUGGCUGACAGGCCUGGCCUUAAACGACCCCGAUCUAAGGACCUGAGUUAUGGCACCAAGGGUUCAAAUUUAGUAAAAGGGAAUCAAGUGAAAGAUGAACUUGGGUUUUCAGCUGCUCAUUUUGCUUCAAAUGAUGAAAAUGACAAAAUUAUAGAAGCAUCAGCAGUGCACUCAAAAUCAGUGGGGAAAGAUACGAAAAUCUCUCCAGCUAAAGAUGGUUUUCCAUUGAAAUCUCUUGAUUUCUCGGGUCAUCAUGGUGAGAAUGAAGCCAAGAGCAAGCUUAUUAGUUCCCAAAAUGCAAAUUUGACUGGAGUAGCUAACAUUGCACAUGAAGAGUUGUGUAGGCCACAAGAUACUGUACUGGAAGGAUUCAGUUUUCCAGUAAAAACAGAUGACAUGCAUGGAGAUACAUCAGUUCCAAAUGAUUCCACGGGCAUAAAUGAUGUCAAUCUUUGUGCACCUGAUACUUUGGAUUUUGAAGAUGACAUGACAAGUGUUGCUUCGGGUGCAAGGGACACAACUAACGGUAUGGAAGAAGAGUUAACUGCUGCUGAUGUAGUAAUUUCUGAUGGCUUCAUGACUGAGUCUCAUCAAGAAGAAGAAAUAGGCACAUCUAAUUCAAAUACAGGUUCUGAAAAAAGUGAUUUUGAUUCAGUCGGUCAGGAAAUGACUAAGUUGAUGAUGACAGUUUUACUUCCUCAAGCUGUUCCAUUGCUUAAGAGGUUUUCAAAGAAGAAAAAGGAAACAUUUAACUCAUGCAAAGUAAAUUCUCGAAAGGACAACAUUGAAACUAACCAUUUGUUGGCCCUUCCAUCAUUUGUCAUCAGUCCAACUGAGGAUGCAAGUACAGAACAGGGUACGCGUACGCAUAUCCAAGGUUUAGUUGUGCCAAAUCUUGAACACUUGAACUCGGUUAUUCUUGACAGUUUUGAGGAUGGUCAGGAGGAUCAUGUAGCUAGUCAAGCUGUAUUGUUUUCAAAACAUAUGGAGGUUGAUCGAACUAGUUUCAAUAAAGAUGCAUUUUGUUCCAACAUUCAGGAACAGCUUAGCAUCAAUCCGAAGCAGGAAACAUCAGUUUAUUGUGAUGUGACCAAAUCUGAGUCUGUUUUAGGGUGUGUGUCUCCAGUCAUGAAAGCUCUCUCUGAAGAUAUCCAGGUUGUUUCUGUGAAUUUGGAUGAAAACUCUGCAGAUACUGGAAAACAUUCUGUGGAAAAGAAGCCCAAGAAAGCACAUAAUUGUGCUGAAGUUGAGGAUACAGAUGAUAUUAAAUCAAGAGGAAUCACAACUCCAUUGAAAUUAUUAGGGAAGGACAGUAAGGUUGAAACCAGGGCUCCUGGUACUAACUUUUCUCAUCAAACACAGAAUAAAGUAUAUACCAGAAAGAAAGUCUCAAAACAAGCUCAUUCAACUAGAAACUACACUGCUCCUCUCUCUGAAAGUAUCAUAUGCAGAAAUUCUGGAGAUGAUUAUGCCCCUAAUAAGUCUGCUAUGACAGGAGCUUCACUUGUUCCAAAGAGUUGUCACUCUUCUGAUGACAAACCAUGCAACAGAAAUAUCUUUGGUAAUACACCCAUGAUUGAUGAGGAGAAAACUACUACAAAUUGCAAACCUGAAAUCAGUAAUAUAAGACCUACUCUAUCUGAUGAAGUCCAAAAGUUGACUUGUGUAUCUAAAGCAAAGGAUGCAUCUUGCUUACUUGAUCCAUCUGUUUCACUUGAAAGGAUAUUUCAAGAAAAUUGUCACGAGGAGAAGCUUGAACAUAGAACUAUUGUAACUAUUGUAGAAAACAGCUGUUCUGCAUCAUGUCAAAACCAGUUUGUCCUUGGGCAUUCUUUGUCAACCUUGUUUGUCUACAAGGUGGCUACUGAAGAAGAAAGGAAAGGAUUCCCUUCUUUUGUUGGUUACACAUCUAUAGCAUUACCAUCUUCUGAAAUUGAUGUAGAAAGACGUGGCUUACAAUUUACCCCAGACGGGCAGUGUCUUGUUUUACUGGACAGCAUUAAAACACCUUAUUGCAGGGAAGGUAGAAGAGAUUGUAUCUGCUCUGUUUGUCUUUCAGGCUGCUCGAAGGAGAACGCAGUAAAAAUUGUGCGAGUAAAUCCUGGUUAUGUUUCUUUGUUUGCAAAGGUGGAGACAGUUCAAAGUGUGCAAUGUAUAUUGGUUUGUGAAAAUGACUAUCUGCUGGCUUCUGGAAACAGUGGGAGACUGCAUCUUUGGGUCAUGAAUUCAACAUGGAGUGCAUGGACAGAAGAAUUUAUUAUGCCUGCUGGCAACUGCAUAUCUUGUGUAGUGGAGCUGAAGAAAAUUCCAAAGUGUCCUCAUUUGGUGAUCGGACACAAUGGUUUUGGGGAUUUUGUAUUAUGGGAUAUUAUGAAACGGGUCAAUAUCUCAAGAUUUUCUGGUUCUGGCGAUCCAAUUAAGCAAUUCAUACCAAUCAGUUUACUUAGUUGGCAGCCCGAAUCCUGCUAUGCUGAUAUGAGAGGGUGCAUUGAUGAAAUCAUUGCAGCAACAAAAUUUUGGUUUUCUGAACAUAAGGAUCGCUCUUUUCUUCCAUUGGAGGGGGAAGAUGUUGCUAUCUGGCUUCUUGUCUCGACUAAUUCUGAUGCUAAGCAUGAACAUUUAUCAAGUAAUUGCCAAGCAAAUACAUCCGGAUUGUGCAGGCUAGCUUUGUUGGUGAAGGACAGGGUGAUGUUGGGGAGUACACUAGAUCCAAGGGCUGCUGCAGUUGGUGCAUCAUUUGAUCACGGGAUUAUGGGAAGAAAUGAUGGUUUAGUGUAUAUGUGGGAACUCUCCACCGGAAGUAGACUUGGCGUUUUGCAUCAUUUCAAAGGUGGCAGUGUUUCGUGUAUUGCAACCAAUGAGGAGCGGAUGCCAAAAGUUGUGGCUGUAGCUUCCGGUGACGGUCAGUUGCUGCUUUAUUUUCACAACCAACAAAAAUAG